AUGGCGUCUUCCUGCAUAAACAACUGCAUGAACGACGUGGCAGUCCACCUGCCGAUCCGGCGGCUGGGCUCCAUCCACUACGUGCGGCUCUCCGAGCAGCCGCCGCUGCUCGGAGGGUCCGGAAGGUUCGCGAGCUUCGAGGAGCAGUGCGGUCGGCAGCUGUACCUGAGGAGCUACACUUUCUCGAGGAAGGAGAGCUUCAACGACAGGACCAAGCGUCGUAUUGGGGAAGUCGCGGAGAGCGUGAAGAAGCGAGGGUUAGGGUUCCGGCUCCUGCCAGCUGGUCGCGAGAAGAAGAUGUGUUUGGGGAAGGCGAGGAGGGUGACGUGUAGGGCUGUGAUGAAGGUGGUGAGGCGACUCAUGAUGUCUUGCACUACCAGGGUCGAUACGGCAGCGGAUGGGGAUUGA